AUGAGGAUACUCGCCUGGAAUGUGAGAGGAAUUGGACCGUCCCUCACAUUCCAGUCUGCUGUCGGUCUGGUAUAUUCGAAUAAGCCGGAUCUCGUGUUCUUCUCGGAGACGCGAUCGAGCCGCCGGGUAGUUGCCCGCCGUAUGCGGGGGUUAGGUUUUGAUAUUUCCCAUUGUUUCUUUAUUGAUGCAGUUGAUGCAUCAGGUGGUUUAGUCAUGGCUUGGUCUCACGGAGUUGACUCUUCGGUGUUGUUUCAUUCCAAUUUCUUUAUUUGCUCCCAAAUUAAUGAGAAUGGUUUUUCUUAUGUAGUGUUCUUUGUGUACAUUAGCUGUAAUCUUGCUGAGCGUGCUGUUCAACUAUCUCACUUGCGCGAAAUUUGCGACCUUAUAACCCUCCCUUAUGUGAUCAUUGGAGACUUUAAUACGACUCUCCUGGCUAGUGAAAAAGAUGGGGGUCGGGAGUGGAGUGCUGCUCCAGCUGCCAGCCUCCGUGACUUCAUUCAUGAGCUGGGGCUACAUGAUCCGGGGUUCCAAGGGGAUCAAUUUACCUGGACGAACAAGCGUAUGGGUACAGCUUGUAUUCGUGAGCGCCUGGAUAGGGCACUUUGUUCGCAAACCUGGAUAGACAUGUUCCCAGAGACUCUGGUGAAGCACUUUACGGAUCAGGGUUCGGACCAUCGUGCUCUGCUUCUUUCGGAUAAACCGUAUAGUAGAACCAGCCGGCCUCUGUUCCGGUUUGAUGCCCGCUGGGCCGACAAUCCGGAAGUUCGGGCCAUGGUAUACUAUGUCUGGAGUGAAGAGGUUCAGGGUACUCCUAUGUUCCGGCUUUGGGAGCGCUUAAAGAAGCUACGACAUUUGCUGUAUGACUGGAGCAGGGCAGGCACUACGAAUUCGCUGCGUAAUAUAAAAACACUUCAGGCAGAGAUUGAUCGUAUCAAAUCAUCCCAUCCAGUGGACUGGGAUAUGGUGAAAGUGCUGGAAUCGGAGCUAUCCCGCCAAUGGGAAGCAGAGGAGAUCUAUUGGCAGCAGAAAUCUAGGGUUCGCUGGUUAAAGAAAGGAGAUCAGAAUUCUGCAUACUUCCACACAGUUACUCGUGCUCGACGGAAAAAGAAUUUUGUCGCAGGGCUUCGGAAUGAGGUCGGUGAAUGGGUCACGGAGGAAAAUGGUAAAGCAGCCAUUGCUACAAAUUUUUAUCAGGCUCUGUUCACCUCAGAGACUCAGGUAGAGAACAUGGCUACUCGGGUGGCUGGCCUGCCAAUUGCCCGCAAGGUCACCCCGCAAAUGAAUGCGCAUUUGACGGCGGAGGUACUGCCAAGUGAGGUUCGGAAGACAGUUUUCGCGAUGGGAUCAAAACAAGCCCCGGGCUCUGAUGGCUUUACUGGGAAGUUUUUUAAAGCUUUUUGGGAUGUAGUUGGAGACUCGGUGGUUGAAGCAGUUAUCUCAUUCUUCUCUUCGAGUAAGAUGCUGCGUAGCUUUAACCAUACGUGGCUGACUUUGAUUCCUAAGGUGGACUCUGUGGAUAAUAUCCGGCAGCUGCGCCCAAUUAGUCUGUGUCAAUUUGUGUAUAAAAUUAUUACCAAAAUUAUGGCUGAACGUCUUGCUGGUUUGCUACCGCAAAUUGUCUCGGAGGGGCAGAAUGCGUUUAUUCGGGAUCGUCAGAUCAUUGAUAACAUCCUUAUUGGGCAUGAGCUAAUGCAUUAUCUUAAAAUUAAGAACCAAGGGAAGAAAGGGUACAUGGCUUUGAAGGUUGACAUGGAAAAGGCCUAUGAUAGAGUCGAAUGGCCCUUUCUUCUGGCGGUUCUGGACAAGAUGGGUUUUAGCUCGAUCUGGCAAGGGUGGGUGCAUGAGUGUCUUCGCUCCUCUUCUUUCUCGGUUCUGAUGAAUGGUGCGCCAUCUGGGUAUUUCUCUGCCUCUCGGGGUCUUCGCCAGGGUGAUCCGUUAUCCCCUCUUCUGUUUGUGCUAUGCACGGAGGGGUUUGCGGCACUCCUCCGGAAGGCGAUCUCUGAGAAGAAGUUAGAGGGGGUAAAGGUGGCCCCGCAGGCGCCUAGAGUCUCUCAUCUUUUCUUCGCAGAUGAUUCCUACUUAUUUUUGCGGGGAUCGCUGCAGGAGUGCGAGAAUUUACUGGAGGUUCUGAAUGAGUAUGAGGAACUUAGUGGUCAGCGUGUUAACCUGGAGAAGUCGGCAGUGUGCUUUAGUAAGAAUGUCUCCUUGCCUGAUCAGGAGUUCUUAGCCACAGUGCUCGGGGUUGGUGCUGUUGGGGUCCAUGACAAAUAUCUUGGACUCCCGUCACUGGUGGCUAGAUCAAAAAUGGCAACAUUCAGAUAUCUUGAGGAGAAGUUGAUUGAGAGGCUUCAAGGUUGGAAACAAAGGACGUUAUCAUGGGCUGCGAAGGAGACUUUAAUUAAGUCCAUUGCGUUGGCCCUUCCGUUGCAUGUGAUGUCCUGCUUCAGGCUCCCUUUAUCCUUAUGCCGGCUUCUUGAUAAGCUUGUCGCGAAAUUCUGGUGGGGGGCGGAAGAGGGGCAGCCAAAGAUUCGAUGGGUGUCUUGGCGGAAUAUGUGUAGGAGUAAGCAUGAGGGUGGGAUGGGAUUUCGCCAGUUUGAACACUUUAAUCAAGCGCUGUUAGCUAAAAUUGGUUGGCGUAUCCUUCAAGAACCGCAAAGCCUUCUGGCUCAAGUUUAUAGAGGGAAGUAUUUUCCUAGGGGUUCGUUCCUCACGGCUACGGCCAGAUCUCGCCCCUCUUGGGGGUGGCAAAGUAUUCUUUUUGGUCGCCAGUUGUUAGGGACGGGUUUGAGAUGGCAGAUUGGCAAUGGCCAAUCGGCCUCUCUUCUCCAGUCUAACUGGAUCCCUGGUUGCCAGCUUGCAGCCCCGAGUUAUAAUCCGUUAAUUCUGCCCGAGGGGGGGGAUCCUUUGGUGGCGGAGCUCAUCUGCGAAGGGGAAGGUAGGUGGUCGGAUGCUAAGUUGAGUCUGUGGUUUGACCCUUCGACAUGCGCAGCCAUUAAGUCUAUUCCUCUUCCGCGGCGGAAUGUUGCUGACAAACUCAUUUGGCAUAACACGGCUGAUGGAGUCUUCUCGGUUAAGUCCGCUUAUCAUUUGGCGGUGGAUCUAGACAGGAGGAGGGGGGGUUGGAGGGAGGCUGUUAGUUGGAUGGAUAAAAAAAGCUGGAUCAGGAUUUGGGAAGCUAAGAUACCUCCGAAAUUGAAGGUUUUUAUAUGGCAAAUUUGUAACCGGAUUCUUCCUACUAUGGAAGCGCUUAUCGAGAGAAAGGUGCCAGUGUUGCCCCGUUGUCCAGUCUGCUGGAAUGGCUCGGAAACGAUGGAACAUUUGUUUCUAUACUGCCCGGUUGCGCGAGCUAUUUGGGACCAUUCCGGGCUCGAUUAUCUGGGAGAGGGUUUGCCCCGUCAUACUUUCCCGUUGUUUCUUAAGCGGUUAUUGGCAUUGAUCCACCAGCCCUCGCUAGUGAUGGCGGUGGUUGCAGUCCUUUGGCGGAUCUGGAAAUCCCGGAACUGGGUGGUCUUUGAGGGCAAACAGUUUGGGAUUCCAGCCCUUAUGCGACAAUUCCAUCAACAGUAUGAGGAGUGGAUGGCCUUGCCAGUGGAUGGGCGGCCUCCGGGCAGAGAUCGGGUGGUGCCGGCGGAGGUAAACGUGGGGGAUUCCCGGUGGAUCUGUCGUUGGGAUGGGGCUACUAAGGGUGGGUCGCAUGCGGCCGGUGGGAUGGUUCUUCUCACUCCUGCUAAUACGCUGCUUCAGGCUAAGGGGGUUCAGUUUCCUUCGGUGGAAGAGCCAGCGCUGGUGGAGUUGCUUACGCUCCGGGAGGCUAUUACUUGGUGUUUGGACAGUGGGUGGACAGAGGUCCGGUUUGAGGGGGAUGCUAAGGUGCUUAUUGAUAAAAUCAAUCAGGGUGAUAAUAGGGAGAAUCGGUUGGGUGCGAUCUUAGAGGAGAUUGGUAUUUUGUUGGAUGCCCAACCAGAUUUUAGUGUGCGAUUUAUAGGACGGGAGAACAAUAGGGUAGCUCAUGUUGUAGCUAGAAAGGCCCUCUCUUUGUCUCCUUCUAUGUAUCGUCGGUUUGAUUUCAGGGCCUGGCUGGUUUCCAGGAUGUAA